CCUAUUAGUUUAUUCAUUUAACCGUCUGCGGUGCAAUGCACGGUGCUGGGCGCAAGAUUACCCCUUGAUUAUUGCCAUAUAUAUAAUCCCAAUUCCCAACCGCUAAAUCCUCUUCUCCACUUCUGAAAGGUGAGCUUCAACCUUAUAAAGAAGCUGUAAAACCAAAAUGCUGGUACUUAGCCAAGCACCGGCCUCCGUUCCCAACAGUAGCAGCAGAUGCUGCAGCUGCUGCACUUGUUCAUCUUCAAUCUCAUCUUCUGUUUCCUCUAAACACACUCUCAAAAUUUCCCACAUUAAUCCAACUGCAACCCUUUUCUCUAAACGCAGUCUCAAAUCAAAUUCAAUCAAACACACCCUUCGAUUUCCUCGUAUUGUUGCCAAAUCAUCCGAUUCAUCUUCUCCUGUUACCAAGCAAUCCCCUCCUGAUAACGACACCGUUUUUGUUGGCCCUGAUUCUGUUCCUCUUGAAGGUGUCAUUCAAUUUGAUAAGCCUUCUUCUUCUUCCCGCUUUCGAAAAUGGGGGAAAGUUGCGUUAUUAGCUGGUGGGGAUGUAUUGGCAAUACUUUUGUUUGCUGCAAUUGGAAGGUUUAGCCAUGGAUUCCCUGUUUUUGAGGCUGAAACAUUGCGCACUGCUGACCCUUUUAUUGCUGGAUGGUUUCUAAGUGCGUACUUCCUUGGAGGGUACAGUGAGGAUGGUCGAGGGAUGAGUGGUUUGAAUAAGGCGGUUGCUGCUGCUGCCAAGUCUUGGGCCGUAGGUAUACCGAUGGGAUUGGGUAUACGCGCAUUAACUUCGUCACAUUUUCCUCCCACCAAUUUUAUUUUGGUGACUCUAGGAAGCACCGCAGUUCUGCUAAUUGGUUGGAGGACACUCUUAUUCCGGAGUCUUCCUAGUGGCAAGAGCAAGAAAGAUGAUAUGUACAGACGUGGAAGUCCAUUCGAACUGUUUGAGCUGCUUACUUCUCUGGUUAGGAGGUGGUGAAAAGUGGCAUCAUUCCUGACAUUUGAGUAUAUUCCUGUGUAAAUUCAGUUCACUACAUAGUUGUAUUUUCAUCUUUAAGAUGCUAAAUUCUUUUUAAAAAUUUACUUUAUGGAUGAUGCGCCUUCCAUCUUUAUUUAGUUAACACGCUUUUUGUAUAAAGCAAAAUGUUUGGAUGACAAUAGUGAAGGGAAAGGAAAAAGAGAGAAGAGAAAGGAAGGUCAGGGGAGGGAGAGAUUAAUCUUCCAUUUUUCCAUCCAAAUCUCUCAAAAAAUGGAGGGAUUUGGUUUAUUAAAAUAGAAAAGAACAUGAAUCCUUCUAUUUCCUUUCUCUUUCCUUAACCUAUGUCUUCUCUAAAUUAGAGAAUUUAUAUCCCUAA